AAUGAAGUCUUUGGUCUUCCGAUAAGCAUAGAAUCAUAGAUGCUUCAUAACCAUCCCGUUCGUGCUCUUAGCCUCUUACAACUCUUGUGAAAUUAGGUUCAACAGCCAAUUAGUUACUCCACCAACUGAGGUCAAUAUGUCUAAACUGGCGCUCCUCCUCCGAGGAGCUGCAAUGAUCUUGUGGCUACUCAUCUCGCAGACACCAUCUACCUGUUGUGUUCAUGCGAGAUGCGUCACCGGCGAGCGUGAUGCGCUGCUCUCCUUCAAGGCAAGCCUUCUGGACCCUUCUGGCAGGCUGUCGUCAUGGCAGGGUGACGACUGCUGCCAGUGGAAGGGAGUCCGGUGCAGCAACAGAACUGGCAAUAUCGUUGCGCUUAACCUCCGCAACACUAAUAAUUUCUGGUACGAUUUCUAUGAUGCUGAUGGGUUGAACCUAUUGAGAGGCGGUGACUUGAGCCUAUUGGGAGGUGAAUUGAGCUCCUCUUUGAUUGCUUUACAUCAUCUGAGGCAUCUCGAUCUGAGUUGCAAUUUCUUCAACGGAACGAGCAUACCUGUUUUCAUGGGCUCUUUCAAGAACUUGAGAUAUCUCAACCUCUCCUGGGCAGGUUUCGGUGGGAAAAUACCUUCGCAAAUUGGUAAUAUUUCCAGCUUACAAUACCUUGAUGUUAGCUCGAAUUAUUUCUUCCAUGAACAGAACACGUUUUUCAUGUCUUCAACUGAUCUUUCUUGGUUGCCACGUCUCACCUUUUUGAGGCAUGUUGACAUGACUGACGUUGACCUCAGUUCCGUGAGGGAUUGGGUUCACAUGGUGAACAUGCUUCCUGCUCUUCAAGUUCUUCGUUUGUCCGAGUGUGGCCUUAACCAUACUGUAUCUAAACUAUCCCAUUCAAACCUCACAAAUCUUGAGGUCCUUGAUCUAUCAUUCAAUCAAUUUAGCUACACGCCACUCCGACACAACUGGUUUUGGGAUCUCACUAGCCUCGAGGAGCUUUAUCUCUCAGAAUAUGCAUGGUUUGCACCUGCAGAACCUAUCCCUGAUAGAUUGGGUAACAUGUCUGCCCUACGUGUCUUAGAUCUAAGUUACAGUUCUAUUGUUGGUUUGUUUCCGAAGACCUUAGAGAAUAUGUGUAAUUUGCAAGUAUUGCUAAUGGAUGGCAACAAUAUUGAUGCGGACUUAAGGGAAUUCAUGGAACGGUUGCCAAUGUGCUCGUUGAAUUCUUUGGAAGAGUUGAAUUUAGAAUACACAAAUAUGAGUGGAACAUUCCCAACGUUCAUUCACAAAAUGAGCAAUCUCAGCGUUCUUCUAUUGUUUGGAAACAAGUUGGUUGGCGAGCUACCUGCUGGUGUCGGAGCGCUGGGUAAUUUGAAAAUAUUGGCUCUUAGCAACAAUAACUUCAGAGGUCUAGUGCCGCUUGAAACAGUAAGUAGUUUGGAUACUUUGUAUCUUAACAACAACAAGUUCAACGGUUUUGUGCCUCUUGAAGUUGGAGCAGUAAGUAACUUGAAAAAGUUGUUUCUUGCGUACAAUACUUUCAGCGGCCCUGCACCAUCAUGGAUUGGAACACUAGGUAAUUUGACAAUAUUGGAUCUUAGCUACAAUAACCUCAGUGGUCCAGUACCGCUUGAGAUUGGAGCUGUAAAUUUGAAAAUUUUGUAUCUUAACAACAAUAAGUUCAGCGGUUUUGUGCCUCUUGGAAUUGGAGCAGUAAGUCAUUUGAAAGUGUUGUAUCUUAGCUACAAUAAUUUCAGCGGCCCUGCACCAUCGUGGGUUGGAGCAUUAGGUAAUUUACAAAUUUUGGAUCUUUCCCACAAUAGCUUCAGUGGACCUGUACCACCAGGGAUUGGAUCACUCAGUAAUUUGACAACAUUGGAUCUUAGCUAUAACAGGUUCCAAGGCGUAAUCUCUAAGGAUCAUGUUGAACAUUUAUCUCGUCUGAAGUAUCUGGAUUUGUCAGACAACUUCUUGAAAAUAGAUAUACAUACAAAUUCUUCUCCGCCAUUCAAACUAAGAAACGCAGCUUUCCGAUCAUGUCAGCUGGGGCCGCGCUUUCCAUUGUGGCUUAGAUGGCAGACUGACAUUGAUGUUCUUGUUCUUGAAAAUACAAAAUUGGAUGAUGUUAUUCCGGAUUGGUUCUGGGUGACAUUUUCCCGAGCUUCAUUCUUGCAAGCAUCAGGAAAUAAGUUGCAUGGCUCAUUACCGCCAAGUCUAGAACACAUCUCAGUUGGUCGCAUAUAUCUCGGUUCCAACUUGUUGACAGGUCAAGUUCCUCAACUCCCUAUAAGUAUGACUCGCUUGAAUUUGUCUUCAAACUUUUUGUCAGGGCCAUUGCCAUCUCUCAAAGCUCCACUGCUGGAGGAGCUGUUGCUUGCCAAUAAUAAUAUUACAGGCAGCAUCCCACCAUCCAUGUGCCAAUUGACUGGUUUGAAACGUUUGGACCUGUCAGGAAACAAAAUAACAGGAGAUCUUGAACAAAUGCAAUGCUGGAAACAGUCAGAUAUGACCAAUACAAACUCUGCAGAUAAAUUUGGUUCUAGUAUGCUCAGUCUUGCCUUGAACCACAAUGAACUUUCAGGUAUAUUUCCUCAAUUUCUUCAAAAUGCCUCACAAUUAUUGUUCCUGGAUCUUUCACACAACAGGUUUUUUGGAAGUUUGCCAAAGUGGUUACCAGAAAGAAUGCCAAACUUGCAAAUCUUGAGGUUGCGGUCAAAUAUUUUCCAUGGCCAUAUUCCCAAGAACAUUAUUUACCUUGGUAAACUUCAUUUUCUGGACAUAGCACACAACAACAUAUCAGGAUCCAUACCAGACUCCUUAGCAAACUUCAAAGCAAUGACUGUUAUAGCUCAGAAUAGUGAGGACUAUAUUUUUGAAGAGAGCAUACCAGUAAUCACGAAAGAUCAACAGCGUGACUACACCUUUGAAAUCUACAAUCAGGUGGUUAAUCUUGAUUUUUCAUGUAACAAGUUAACAGGGCAUAUUCCAGAAGAAAUACAUUUACUUAUUGGACUUACCAAUUUAAAUUUAUCAAGUAAUCAGUUCAGUGGAACAAUCCAUGAUCAAAUUGGUGAUUUGAAGCAGUUGGAAUCCCUUGACUUGUCCUACAAUGAAUUAUCUGGUGAAAUCCCCCCAAGUUUGUCAGCUCUAACUUCUCUAAGCCACUUGAACCUAUCAUACAACAAUUUAUCAGGCACAAUACCAUCAGGAUCACAGCUACAAGCACUCGAUGACCAGAUUUAUAUAUAUGUUGGAAAUCCUGGUCUUUGUGGGCCUCCUCUCUUGAAGAACUGUUCAACUAAUGGUACACAACAAAGUUUCUAUGAAGAUAGAAGCCAUAUGAGAUCUCUCUACCUCGGGAUGAGCAUAGGAUUUGUGAUUGGUCUAUGGACUGUGUUUUGCACCAUGAUGAUGAAGAGAACCUGGAUGAUGGCUUACUUUCGGAUCAUUGACAAUUUAUAUGAUAAGGCCUAUGUACAAGUGGCUAUAAGCUGGAGUCGCUUGAUGCGGAAAAACCAAGAUGCAGCGUGAAGAGCGUUGUUUCCACUGCAAAUGAAUUAUUCAAGCUACUAGUUUCUGAAAAACCUAGUAACUCAAAGAAUAAUUUUAGGUGUUUUACUAUUCCAAGUGGAUAUUUACUGUUCCUACUAUAAUAUCUGGUUUCCGAUGAAACCUACUAGCAUAUUUGUCUGUAAUGUGCUUGACAUUCUGUUGUCAUUGUAUUAUAUGUUGUUGUUAUAUGAUUUAUUUUUUAAGCUGGAUGGAUUGAAGCUAGUAAAGAUAAUAUAUAAUGAUAACUGCCCUCUGCCUUUUCAAGGUACUUA